AUGGCUACGGACUAUAUGAGAUCGAUGCUCAACGAGCUCAUGGGAUCGGGUCGCAAUGAUCAGAAUGAAGACGGGGAGACACCAACUAUGUCUACCCGAUUUGAAGGUCGCGACGUUUGCCGACCCUUUCUCCUCAAAUGCUGCCCACACGAUGUCCUGACGUCUACGAGAGCCGAUAUCGGCAACUGUCCACUAGAACAUUCGUUGGCUCUACGCUCUGAUUACGAGAGAGUCCGACAACAGAACAACUCGCUGAUGUAUGAAUUCGAUGCCCACCGUGCUCUGAAGAAAUUUAUUGAUGAAACUGAUGAACGAAUAGAACUUUCGAAAACUAAAUUAGCUGAAAAACAAGCCGAUAUAUCUAAGGAAAUCGAAGAAAAAGCAAAUGGCGUCCAUGAAAUCAAUGAAAAGAUCGGCAAGCUUCUUGCUGAUGCGGAAAAGGCAGGAAUGGAAGGCGAAGUCGGAAAGUCACAGGAAAUUCUACGAGAUCCACCCUGCUUUUGCAACAACAAAGACUACGAGUUUGCGACAUAUGCUCCUCUUAUCUUGGACUUCACGAUAACGACCGGCGUUUGGCUGAUCACUUUGGGGCAUACUGUGAAGAGCACAAAGAGGAAUACAACAAAAGACAAUCAUCAUCGGAAAAUACUAGAGCGCGGUCGCGUUCUCGAGAGCGGAGACGUGAUCGCCGGAGCCGAUCACGCAGUCGAUCCUCGGAUCGACACAGGCGAAGGAGGAGAAGCUACUCCCGUGACAGAUCACGUGAACGACAUCGCCGGUCCGAUCGAUAUCGUAGCAGAAGAUGACAAUGCGUAG